GGUCAAAUAGUUUGGUUAUCUCCCACGAGGGUCGCGUGAGGGACACGAUUGUGUUAUCAUGAGUCUCUCCUCGUCACUUUAUUUGCUUCGUUUAGGCAAAAAUAUUAUAGUUCCGUCACAAUAUGUAGUGCAGAUUAAAGGCUACGCGAAGGCAGAUGCCGGUGGUAUGUUCGGAAAGGGGAAAAAAAAGCUGAAACUAAGUCAGCCGUUGGAGAGGAAGGUACUUCCAGUUGAAACAGAUCCUGAAAAAUUGGUAAAAUUCGUGUGCGGAAGUAAUAUAAUGAAAGAAGGACAGGACAUUGAGAUUAAGCCAGAUUCUGAAUAUCCCGACUGGCUUUGGGACAUACACAUAGGCCCACCUCUUAAACUGGAAGAGCUGGAUCCAGAUACGAAAAAAUACUGGAGGCGGGUGAAGAAAGCAGCCAUGAGGAGGACCAAUUUGAUGGCCAAGUUGAAACCCUUCUAAUGCUACCUUCGUAGUUUAGAUUAUAUCGAUUUCUUAUACAAUGUAAAAAUAGAUACUACAUUAAGCUCUGUGAAUGUUCGUGUACACUAAUAGUCAAAAUAAAGAUUCAUAACUGA